GGCAGGAGCAGCGUUGGCACCGGCGAACCAUGGCUGGGAUUUUCUAUUUCGUCUUCUUUUCGUUUCUCUUUGGGAUUUGCGACGCUGUCACCGGUUCCAGGGUAUACCCGGCGAAUGAAGUUACUUUAUUGGAUUCCAGAUCCGUUCAGGGAGAACUUGGGUGGAUAGCAAGCCCUCUGGAAGGAGGGUGGGAGGAAGUGAGUAUCAUGGAUGAAAAGAAUACACCCAUCCGGACCUACCAGGUGUGCAACGUGAUGGAGCCCAGCCAGAACAACUGGCUGCGAACUGACUGGAUCACGCGGGAAGGGGCUCAGAGGGUGUACAUCGAGAUCAAGUUCACCUUGAGGGACUGCAACAGUCUCCCGGGCGUCAUGGGGACUUGCAAGGAGACCUUUAAUCUGUACUACUAUGAGUCAGACAACGAUAAGGAGCGUUUCAUCAGGGAGAGCCAAUUUGCCAAGAUUGACACCAUUGCUGCGGAUGAGAGCUUCACCCAAGUAGACAUAGGUGACAGAAUCAUGAAGCUGAACACCGAGAUCCGGGAUGUAGGACCACUGAGCAAAAAGGGGUUUUACCUGGCUUUUCAGGACGUGGGGGCCUGCAUUGCUCUGGUGUCCGUCCGAGUGUUCUAUAAGAAGUGUCCACUCACGGUUCGCAACCUGGCGCAGUUUCCAGACACCAUCACAGGGGCUGAUACCUCUUCCCUGGUGGAAGUGCGGGGCUCCUGUGUCAACAACUCAGAAGAGAAGGAUGUGCCAAAAAUGUACUGUGGGGCAGAUGGUGAAUGGCUGGUACCCAUUGGCAACUGCCUGUGUAAUGCUGGGCACGAAGAGCAAAAUGGAGAAUGCCAAGCUUGCAAAAUUGGAUAUUACAAGGCUCUCUCCACGGAUGCCACCUGUGCCAAGUGUCCACCCCACAGCUACUCUGUCUGGGAAGGCGCCACCUCGUGCACCUGUGACCGAGAUUUUUUCCGAGCUGACAAUGAUGCUGCCUCUAUGCCCUGCACCCGCCCACCGUCUGCUCCACUCAACUUGAUUUCCAAUGUCAACGAGACAUCCGUGAACUUGGAGUGGAGCAGUCCUCAGAACACAGGUGGUCGUCAGGACAUUUCUUACAAUGUCGUCUGUAAGAAGUGUGGAGCCGGUGACCCCAGCAAGUGUCGACCCUGCGGGAGUGGGGUCCACUACACCCCACAGCAGAAUGGCCUGAAGACCACCAAAGUCUCAAUCACCGACCUCCUGGCACAUACCAAUUACACGUUUGAAAUCUGGGCGGUGAAUGGUGUGUCCAAGUAUAACCCCAGCCCCGACCAAUCAGUUUCCGUCACCGUGACAACCAACCAAGCAGCACCAUCAUCCAUUGCUUUGGUCCAGGCUAAAGAAGUUACAAGAUACAGCGUGGCGCUGGCUUGGUUAGAACCAGAUCGGCCCAAUGGGGUAAUCCUGGAAUAUGAAGUCAAAUACUAUGAGAAGGAUCAGAACGAACGGAGUUAUCGUAUAGUCCGGACGGCUGCCAGGAACACGGACAUCAAAGGCCUGAACCCCCUGACUUCCUAUGUCUUCCAUGUGCGCGCCAGGACGGCGGCUGGCUAUGGGGACUUCAGUGAGCCCUUGGAGGUCACAACCAACACAGUGCCUUCCCGGAUCAUUGGUGAUGGAGCCAACUCCACUGUCCUGCUGGUGUCCGUCUCCGGCAGCGUGGUGCUGGUGGUCAUUCUCAUUGCAGCUUUUGUCAUCAGUAGGAGACGGAGUAAAUACAGCAAAGCAAAACAAGAAGCGGAUGAAGAAAAACAUUUGAACCAAGGUGUUAGGACUUAUGUGGAUCCCUUUACAUAUGAAGACCCCAACCAGGCAGUUCGAGAAUUUGCCAAAGAAAUUGACGCAUCCUGCAUUAAGAUUGAAAAAGUUAUAGGAGUUGGUGAGUUUGGUGAAGUCUGCAGUGGACGUCUCAAAGUGCCUGGCAAGAGAGAGAUCUGUGUGGCCAUCAAGACGCUGAAAGCUGGAUAUACGGACAAACAGAGGAGAGACUUCCUGAGCGAGGCCAGCAUCAUGGGACAAUUUGACCACCCAAACAUAAUUCACCUGGAAGGCGUUGUCACCAAAUGUAAACCAGUAAUGAUCAUAACAGAGUACAUGGAGAACGGUUCCUUGGAUGCAUUCCUCAGGAAGAAUGAUGGCAGAUUCACAGUCAUCCAGUUGGUGGGCAUGCUGCGUGGCAUUGGGUCUGGAAUGAAGUAUUUAUCUGACAUGAGCUAUGUGCAUCGUGACCUGGCUGCACGGAACAUCCUGGUAAACAGCAACUUGGUCUGCAAAGUGUCUGAUUUUGGCAUGUCCAGAGUGCUUGAGGACGAUCCAGAAGCAGCUUAUACUACUAGGGGUGGCAAGAUUCCUAUCCGGUGGACUGCGCCAGAAGCAAUUGCCUAUCGUAAAUUCACAUCAGCAAGUGAUGUAUGGAGCUACGGAAUCGUUAUGUGGGAAGUGAUGUCGUAUGGGGAAAGACCCUACUGGGACAUGUCCAAUCAAGAUGUGAUUAAAGCCAUCGAGGAAGGGUAUCGGCUACCUCCGCCAAUGGACUGUCCCAUUGCCCUCCACCAGCUGAUGCUGGACUGCUGGCAGAAGGAGAGAAGCGACAGGCCUAAAUUUGGGCAGAUUGUCAACAUGUUGGAUAAACUCAUCCGCAAUCCCAACAGCUUGAAGAGGACGGGGACAGAAAGCUCCAGGCCUAACACUGCUCUGCUGGAUCCCAGCUCCCCUGAAUUCUCUGCUGUAGUAUCUGUGGGCGAUUGGCUCCAGGCCAUUAAAAUGGACCGGUAUAAGGAUAACUUCACAGCUGCUGGUUACACCACCCUAGAGGCUGUGGUGCACAUGAACCAGGAGUAAGUACUCAGCGAUGUAACACCAAAGGCGACCUGGCAAGGAUUGGCAUCACGGCCAUCACACACCAGAACAAGAUUCUGAGCAGUGUCCAGGCCAUGCGAACCCAAAUGCAGCAGAUGCACGGCAGGAUGGUCCCUGUCUGAGCCAGUACUGAAUAAACUCAAAACUCUUGAAAUUAGUUUACCUCAUCCAUGCACUUUAAUUGAAGAACUGCACUUUUUUUACUUCGUCUUCGCCCUCUGAAAUUAAAGGAAAAAUUUAUCUGCAGCGUCGCUUGGUGUACAGAUUGCUGAAACUGUGGGGCUUGCAGAAAUGACAGCCGGUCACUGGAAUCAGACCUGGAACAAAUUGUUUCUCACCAGUACUUAAGUCCAUCACCAGUCUGUAAAAUACCUGUACCUAUAUAAAUAGAUCUUUGCCUCUGAGUUUUGAUGCUGUACUUGCUGCCAGACCCUGCACUGCUCUGAGAUGUCCUUGACCCUCCCUCCAUUUGGAAUUACAACUGCAGUAUUUUGUUUGUGGCAUAAUUGACACUCGUUUUGCUCAACUGGAAUUAUGACCAUGCCCAGGAACAUUUUUUAAAGGACUCGGUUGUAGCAUUUAAAGCUUUCUUCAAACCACGGGAAAAGACCUGGGUGAAAAUCUUGUGGCUCACCCAUGCAGCCUCCUCAGGGCUCACGUCACCUGGUAGAUUCCUGUGACAAUGGGGGCUGGAAAGAAAAGAAAAGUGGAUAUUAAAAAAAAAAAAAAAAAUUCAAACCCCAUAAUCCCUAACUGAACAAUUGAGGUCUGUUUCUUUGGGCCUGAGGCUGUGCCAUAUAAAGUCUUACUUGGGACCCUGCAAACUUAUAACUACCUUAUGGAUAGUGGGCUGUGACAAUCUUGACUAGGAAAAUUUCAUACUACCCUCCUUUAAAGAAGCAAUCCCCCAUCUACAAGGGAAUAGAAUCUGCUAUCUUGGCCUCACAGCCCUUCCUGUUGAUUACCAAGCCCUUGGAAGAAAACAGAAAACGCCUUUCUCAGUUCCUUCCAGAUGUGUUUCUUCUGCUUCUGUUGUGCCAGUUCUGGGGCAAAGACACUGAAGAAACAGCAUGGAUACCUGGGAAGAAUAAAUGUCUGAUGUUCCCAUCUCCCUUCCCAGUGGAAAAGCAGCAGCAUCGAGGUUCAGCAUCUGUUCUCCAGUCGCAUUGAGGAAUGUACUGCCUCACGGCACCAGCUCUGCAGAGCCCUUGCUCCCUAACUCCUGAUUUAAUUUAUAUGUAUUUCCAUAUUUCAUUCCUGUACGUCACGGCUGCAUUGGUGUGGCAGCAAGUGACCAAAGGCUACAGGUUUUAUUAUGGACACCAGUCAGGUGCCACCAUACAGAACAAAGCCAGUUCCCAUGAGCUGCCUAUGAUAUGCAUUGCUGAAGUGACAUUUUACCCAGGGUGUGCCAUUGCAGUGAUAUAAAUAUAUUUUUUUCCUAGACUAAAUAUGAGCUGACUAUCUCUUUUGAUGUGUGUACAUAGGUGUGAGUGUGUGUGUGUGCGCGCGUGCGUAUGUGCGUGUGUGCGUGUAUAACCUCAUGCUUAGAACUGCCUGUGAAUGUUGUGGAAUGCUACACCUGGAAAGUUCUGGUUUCUCACCAGUUCAAGAUAAAGAACCGUAUGAUGUAUUGGGCCUGGAGACGGUGCCCGUUCCCUUGGGAAGACAACCUGGAAAUGUUAAAUGUCCUGUAUCUAUAUAUGUAUUUCGUAGCUGCCACACUAACCUUAAGAAGUAAUUCCACAGCUCUGGAUGGAGGCAAUUUCACCUUAUAAUGGUGGAGUAAUUUUACAAUAUAAAUCCAUUCAGGUGACAGCCCAUCCAUGAAAUCACAGAUUCUGAUUGAACUCAUCAGACUCACCAGUUCUCAGUGGAGAGAGAAGGGGAAGGAAUCCGUCUAGAAGCCCCACGUGGAGUAUAAGUAGCCUUUGUUUCCCUGCAUAAAUGGACUUGUUGAAUGCGAACAAAUAUAUGCAAUUCAUAUACUUUUGGAGAUGAACGUAGUUAUGUGUGUCAGCUUUGAGAUGAUGUGUCCGGAUUAAUACUUUGUCUCCCGAUAUCACAGAAAAAUACAUGCCAGUGACUCUUGAGGUUAAUGUACUUGGGAUGAAAUGAUCUCAAACAAUUUCAGGUUCCCAAAUUACAUGGAAAGUUCUCGAGUAAUUCAUAUGCAGCUAACUCCUCUUGCCUCAAAAGGGCGUCAGUCUUCUAGAAUCCGAGCUCCAGUAUGUGAGGAUUCAGUUCUGAUACGAUACGUGUACCAAACUCCAGCCAACAUACUGCCAUUUUAGAUAAUCCGAGUGGCUGCCUUGCUUAUUCUAAGCCGUGGUUGCAGAAACUGUGGCCAUUUAUAUAAGCUAUAACAUCAAAUCAGGGAAAAAUGGGGAAAAUGAUUCUGAACCAUAUAUUGUUGAACAAGUAGAGGAAAAUCAUCAAUAAAUAUUUAUUGCAUUCUGACAGGGUGUGUGGCAUUGUAUUCUCAUAACUAUGCCAGAGUGACAAAGUUAAUUCACCCCUUUUUGGGGACCUUAAUAUAUUUUUAAAGGGAUGUGCCUAUGCAUUGAUGCCUGAAAAAUAUGUAUAAAGAAAUGAGGAUGAAUCUCUGAGCAGGUCAUCUUUCCCAGAGGUAAGGGUAGGGGUCCAACUUCUGGGCUGCAUCUGGCCCACGAGCAAGCACUGGUCUAGUGAGCUUAGAUGCUACAUCAUUCUCAGAUCUUCUAUUAAGCAGAGUGAAGCUUUCCCCUGCACCAAAUCAAAUAGCUUCACCAUGUGUCUGCGGGCUCCAAAUUAUUUUUAGCGAUCUUAUAAGUGAAAUGUUCUGGUGUGUUUUAAAAAGUUACAUAAAAGAAGGGUGGUUCUCACUACACUGCUGGUGUGUGUGUUUUGAGACCUCGUAUUCAAUCUGUGAAGGAUAUGUGUAUUAAUCCAUGCACUCGUAUAGCCUCAAUAUUUGUCUGAAAACACUUAAAUUCUGACCAGUAAAGGAAAGUUCUAGAAGCAAUAUUUUCACUUAACAUUGUCCAAACAACAUCAAGCAUUGAUACACACUGAAGAGUGCAUUUAUUUUUUUGUAUCACUCCAAGUAUGUUGGAAUAUGCAAGGACUGUGGUUAAAAUUAGAAUGUAUAAGGCAUAUUAUAAUUUAGUUCAUACUGAAAAAGAAAUUAACAGAUCAUUGAUUGGUUCAUUCAUGCUCCAAAAUUUGAGCAAUCUUUUGAGUUAGUCAUAGAUUUUCUAUUUUGUUUUAAUUUGUCAAGGUAUUUUUCUUCCCUCCAUGAACUUUAGGUACACAUAACUUAUGUCAUUUAUUUAUGGUCUUUUAUACCUAGUUUGUAAAAUUGUAAAAUAGCAAACUAAAUGCAAAGAGUUUGCAUUUGAAAAAUAAUAAAGUAGUUGCCGUAUACAAA